AUGAUUAUUUGGGCUACAUGGAGGAAUCGGAAUGCAAAAGUGUGGGAUGGGGAUGUUAAACCUGCCUUCGAAGUGGUACCCAUUACUCUAGGUUGGUGGGAGGAAUAUAAGGCAGUUCAUGCUUCAAUAAAGGAACCAAGACCGGUAAGGCACGAGCUGUGGACGAAGCCUCCUGUGGGUUUGGUGAAACUUAAUGUUGACGCUGCAUUUGAUAAUGUUACAGGUUGUACUGGGGUGGGUGGGAUCUUUCGAGAUUCCAGUGGCUCUUUCCUAGGAGGAUUCAGGCACUCUGUCUCGGUUUCAAACUCAGCUAGGCAUGGGGAGCUCCUUGCUUUGCUGUAUGGGGUCAAGCUGGCAGUUACCCAUCAUUUUGUUCCCCUGAUGGUGGAAACAGAUUGCCAAGAUCUGGUCAAUGUGAUUGGGAGCUCAAGCUUAACCUGGACUGAGCUGGGUUUCUUGGUGCAUGAUCUUGAGGGGUUGUUGAAGGUUUGCUUCAAAUGCCCAGGUUCGUUAUGUUCACCGUAG